GAUGGUCGUUCGCAAAGCGGCUGCAAUGAAACCGGACACUCCCAUUAGUUAUUUAAUUGAAUUGACUAUUUUGCACGCAAUCUUUUGAACCUGGUACUACUCAAGUCUCAUGCUAACUGCUCAAAAGAGUAAAAGGGACAACCCCCCAUCACCUGGCGGCGUCUCGCGUCUGGCUAGCUCGAAAUUCUCCCUGCCAUGGACGAUGGCCUGAUUCUCCAAAACAAGCUUCCGCCAUUCAAUGCCAUCACCGGCAACUCCCGUAACCGAACCUCAAUUCCCACCAGAUGCAACGCCUCUUGCGAACGUCGAUUGUGACAUUACCGAGCCUCAAAUCAAGAUCCCUCCAUAUAUCUCCACCCACUCUCUACGCCGUCAGGCCAGCGUCUCACACCGUCGGCUAUAAGGCUGGCCCUGAUCCACCAGACAUACGCAAUGACUUGAAUGCCGUCGCGGACGAUAUUCAGGCAGAGGCGGACAAAAAAGAGGCUGAGUCGCUGCCUGCAGCAAGAUACAAAGGGUUCAAGGAAGGGCAGGAAUACAAGCCAUUCGACUUCAAGAAGAACCGCAGGCUCGACAAGCCCCAACGCCAGCCCCAAUAUGUCCCUCGAUUUGGUCCUGGUGCCCGACUGGCUGCACACAACGAUCCUUUCUUGCAUCUUGACAUAGAUCCACUCAAGGAAGCCAUGAAUGACGCACUGUUGAGCAGAUUUCUCACUACUAUGGGGAAAAUCAAGAGGAGGAAUGAAACUGGCUUGUCGAGAAAAAGUCAACGAAGAAUUGGCAAAGCAGUGCGGCGGGCUCGGUCGAUGGGAAUACUUCCAAUGAUGUCCAGGCCAAUAACAUCUGAACAAUACAGAUCACCUUAAUGACGCUCCCGUUAACUCUUUGUCUCUCGUCCCAUCAUAUUGACCAUUUCGAUGUCUAUAACAAUAUAAUUCAAACACAAUUACAUAGCUAGCGAACCAGCAACACAUGAACC